AGGACGCACGCACGCAGUAUACGUGUCCGAAAACACGGUCCACCUUAUUGAAGUGCGUAUUCCGUUGCGUAAUUCGUCUUCUUUUACUGUCAUGACACCAACGGAUGUGGGUCUAGUCUGGUUCGUGUUUAUUUUUUAAAACGACACUCACGUGGCUGGCUGUGUUUAAUUGCAAUGUAUAUUGUUGUAAAGAAUUUGCUCUGUGAUCAGGUAUGUUUUGCGUUCCUAUACUAUUAUUUGCCCACAUAGGAAAAAAGUAGAAAUGUCCAUGAAUGAACAACAUUUAACCCACGAGGAUGGUAUAUUUUGGACCUCAAUGAGAGCAUAAUACAACACCAGAUAUUCACCGAUAAGAUUCAAAUUCACAAACAUUCGGCCCUUUGAGGCUUUGAAUUCGUGGUUUACAGUAGCCUCGCGCUGUCGAUCACCUGUCAAGGCGGUAUGACAGAUCUCUGUGAGGAUUUGAAAUAGACCGAGAGCAAGCAAAGGGCACGCCCAUCUUGAGUUUUAGAGCCAAUCGCAGACGUUUCGCGGAACGUAUCAUGGAACGUAUCAUUCCAUUCAGCUCCAGAGUCUGACAGCGUGAAACGGAGCUGGUCGAUUUUUUAAGUUAACGGAGAGAGAAGACACUGCAAAGGGGCUGCGCAAAAAGGAGAGCCAAGGAAAAAAGAAACACAGGGUUUGAGCAACUUGGGCAAAGUUUGGACGGAUAUUUUGGCACAAUACGACGACUCAGCAUAUCUGUACACACGUUCAAGGAGUUCAAGUUCCAAUGGACAGGCAUUUGGAGACGCUUGACGCACUAAGCAUGGAAUUAUUUCUGUAAUGUGGAUUGCUAUUCCCCUUCAAGAAAAUGAUAGUCUGCUUCAGAACAAUGUGAAAAGAUAUGCGUCCUGGAUUCUCGUGUUUCUGGACAUUUUGAAAAAUAUUGGCAACAGUUGAAAGGAAGGCAUGCGCAAAGGAUUUGCCCCAAACGUGGGACCAGAUUUGGACUAUCAGUCACCGGUUCCUUAUUUAGAGACCUUUUAGCAGUUCUAUUUUUGUUAUUAUUUGAGUUCCACACUUCAUAUUUGUUACAAUUACCACAUUGGUUUGUUGGAUUUUCAGCCGUCAUCUGCCAUUGGAUUUUCAACCAUGAACUUGAUUGACAGUUUGACGCUAUUAUUUUUGACGCUGUCAGUUGUCAAGAGUGCCCACAUACCGAGAGAAGAGGGGAGAGGUACAACCGACGUCGUCCCCUUCAUGGAGGUGUACAACAAGUCCCAGUGUCAGCCGCGGGAGGUGCUGGUGGAGGUGCUGCACGAGUACCCCGAGGAGGUGGAGAACAUCUACAUCCCCUCCUGCGUGGUGCUGCGGCGCUGUGCCGGCUGCUGCAGCGACGAGAAGAUGCAGUGCACCCCCACGUCCAGCCAUAACAUCACCAUGGAGAUUAAAAGAAUAAAACUGCACAGGCAGCAAAAUAAUUCAUUUAAGAGUUUUGCAGAACACAUCGCAUGUGAGUGCAGACUGCUAAAGACAGAAGUCAUAGAGCAAGAAAAAAAGCCCAAAGGAAAGCGUAAAGGCCAAAAGAGAAAGCGAAAGAAAAACCGCGACCUAAAGAAUCCUGACGUUGUGUGCGAGCCGUGCUCAGAGAGGCGAAGGAAGCUGUUUGUCCAGGACCCUCGCACCUGCCAGUGUUCCUGCAAGCACACAAACGAACACUGCAAAGAGCGCCAGCUAGAGCUCAACGAGAGGACCUGCAAAUGUGACGCACCCAGGAGAUGAGACCGGAGCACCAAAUGUUCAAGAUGAAGGAAUAUUUUUGAAAUAUUUCACAGCACAGCACUUUGUCUUUUACCCGUAAAUUUGCGGAAAAGGUUUUUUUUUUUUCUCUGUUGAGAGAGCAUUCCCCCUGGACUGACCGCCUGAGAGCAACCGAAAGGGACUGAACGGACUGAAAUCUCUUGCCGUCGCAUAUCUGUGUGUAAAUACCACGAUAAACAAUACAUCAUUUGUAUGCUGCUAAGAAAACAAAUAACUAGACCUAUCCGUUUUUUUUGAAGAUUAUAAAGAAAAUGGCCGCUCUUCUGCAUUAUAUUUGUAACGAGGCUUUUAACAGACAUUCUGUGGUACGCCGGUUCAUUUUAUGCAAAUUCCUUCACUGGAUUAGAGGCUACUGUAGAAUAAAUUUCGAUCAUGAAUGACAGAACAUGGUGAAACUGAGGAGCAUGUGGGAGCGCAAUCAUUCAAAAUGGCGGAUGAUUUGUUUCUUUUUGUUUCUGCGGUACAACUGUCGCUAGAACCGUCCGCUCAGCACCGAGAGACAGUCGGGGAUCUGUGCCUCAGAGUGGACCGAGCCCUUAUGAAGUUAUGGAGCCUGGCGUGGAUUAUGAAUGAUGCUUUGCCAAUGGUUGCUGUGUAGGUAAACGCUACACUAAAGAAGAUCAUUUGGAGUGCCAUAUACUUUUAAAGGGAAGUCUGUUAUCAUGAGAGCAUUUACUGGCACAUCCAAUGUGAAAACCACUGACAACAUCCACCUAUAUAUAUAUAUAUAUAUUGUAGUUUUGAUUCCAUUUCGCAAAACUGUGUGUUCACAAAAACGUACUGAGAAAAUCUUCUUCAAAAUGCUUCUUAAAUUAUUUGUUUCGUUGUUUCGUUGGCACAGAAGACGGUACAUUGGGUGGGUGACCAGACAGUCAGGUGGCUCUGAAGUUGUGACGUAAAUGCAUCAACAACAAUAACAGAUCGUCUUCUCCAUACUGUACAUACUUUAUAUUCCUUUAUGCCAUAGUCCAUCGUAGAUAAUUUAUAUUGCUAUAGAGUAUUUUUUUCAGUAUUCCCUCUUCUACCUUCCCAUAUUUAAUUGGAUCUAUUUAUAUAUGCAGUGUUAUGUACCGACGGUCCCCCCCUCCCCUUAUCUCCCCAUGUCUGUGAGGUCAGUCAUGGCUAGCAUGGAGACGCCAUGCUUUUGUAGAAAAGAAAAAAACAACAUGUUAACAUUCCCUCCAUGAAUCCUUCGUCAAGAUGGCGUCUGUUUUUUGUUUGUCACUCAUCCAAGGGUGUGGAUGCGUUUUUGGUAUUUGAAACGUGUGUGCGUGUGUGUGUUUGUGUGUGUGUGUGUGUGUGUGUGUGUGUGUGUGUGUGUGUGUGUGUGUGUGUGUGUGUGUGUGUGUGUGUGUGUGUGUGUGUGUGUGUGUGUGUGUGUGUGUGUGUGUGUGUGUGUGUGUGUUUGCGUGUGUACGUGUUUGUGUGCAUGUUGAAAAAAUAUCAAGCAAUGCUUUUAAGUUGCCCUCAACACCCUAUUGGACACAAGCAUAAUCUACUGUUAAAUUCUGCAUUUAAAUAUUAUGAAAAAGCAAAACUUUCGGAUUUGGAUGGUGGAAAAAAACAAAAAACGGCAUAAUCCGUACCACCAGCCAUUUAAAUUAGGGUCAUAAUGUUUUGAUUAUUUUUCAUUAACAUUAACAUGUUUGUCUUUGUCUAUGUAAAGUAGUACUGCAUAUUUAUUUUCAAAUUAUAUUGUUUUAUAUAAAAUAAGAAGAAGGUUGCUAUGUUUUAUUGUGACGGCUGCAUUUUUAAGACAAUAAGUCGCAUAUAGGUCUGAUUGUGGUGUUCGUUAAGGCUAAAGUGAUAGGCCUGUUGUAUCAUUAACUGUUACAUCAAUGUAUUCUCUAGUCUCACAAUGUGUUCACAAUGUUUUGAACCUGAACUGAAGAACACUGAGAGGUUGCUAAAUCGUUGGCCAUGUUUGUUUUGAAACAAAUUUCCACUUAGCCGUACAUGCUAAAUGCUUACUGAUGGAUAAGCCACUGGAGAGGGCUUUAAUGCCACUGUGUUUAAGACCCGCUUCACUGACUCUUUAUGUGCACCUGAAUAUGUAGCAAACCAAAUCCCUAUAAACCGUGGGCCCCCUUCACUCGGCAAAACACUCCAAAGAAUGCCAUAAACCACAUAAUCUGUGGUUUACCAAGAGCUAGCUAGUGCGCUAGCCAUAGCCGCGUGUCUGUGGCUAUGUAAACGUUAGCUAACCUUGGUCAGCGAGCGUACAUGGACUUCACUGUUGAUUUAGCAAGUCUAUCUCUGCACACACAUAGAGUGGAAUGCUUAUCCUAUUGAUUAAUGUGACACUCAGUGCCUACGAUUUGUUUUAUGCCCAACCAACAGUGAUGUUAAUGUCAAAUCGAAUAGUUUAUAUCUAGUUUUAUUUCAUAAAUGAUCAAUUUGACGUAUUCUUCGUAAAAGUGAAGCAAGAGAAAACACAACUGAGAGAUUUAAUUUCAUGAAAUGAAUAAAUUUGACAGACAAUUAGGUAACUAGGCCUACAUUCACAAUGCUUAUUUGGGUUGUUUGUGUGGGAUUUGUGUAUGUGAUAGAAGGUUGAGUUGCAUAUUUCUUGCAGCCUACCCCUUCCCUUUCAUCGCUAACUUAAAAUAGCCUACCUUUUCAAACGUGAACCAAAUGGCACCUCAACACUCACCAUACACCAACACCAUACCUCCUCUCGGCACGCAUCACUUUCAUCAACCCGUUUGAUCAAUGAUGAGUGCUCACUUAAUCUCAAAUUGGGGCGCAGUAUGGUAGCCUGGUUUAUGUUAAGUUAUGUGCUGCAUUAUGGGAUUCAGCGUAGGCCCCUAUUCUUAUCCAACACAGUCUCUUGGGAAGCUCGUUUCUCGAUUGUCACGUAAAUAGGUAGUUUACUUUUCUUGUUCAACAAGUUAGAAUAUCGAUGAUUUCAAUUCCUCUAUGUAUGGCCUUUAGACAGAAGUUGUGUGUUUUUAUUAAUCAGCUUUUUCUUUGGUGAAGUGAGCAUAAUGGAGGAGCUGAAUGGGGCGAGUCAUUACAUUGGUGUUUGUUCCCACUGUGUAGAGCGUCGUGUGUACCGAGACAUCAGUGGAAUGAAGAGUUGUGUGUGUGUGUGUGCGUGUGCGUGUGUGUGUGUGUGUGUCAGUCAAGGUCAGAAGUUAAGUGGGACUCAUGGCAUUUUCGAAAUCAAGAUGACGUAAAAUAAAGGGUUAACUUCUGUAUUUUACUCUGCAUUUGCAAAGAGUUGUAUUUCCCAAAUGUUUUCAUGGGAGUCAUUGCAUAUUGGUCCGUCAUGCAACAUAGACAAAAUAAGGUGUUACCGAAAAUUUGAUAUAAUGGCCCCAAAAGUAUUACAUGGGGGCCAAAAAAGCCCUUGUUAAAAUAGUUAAUUUCCUAUCGUGUGUGUGUGUGUGUGUGUGUGUGUGUGUGUGUGUGUGUGUGUGUGUGUGUGUGUGUGUGUGUGU